AUGGCUGCGGAGAUCCAUUCGAGGCCUCAGAGCGCCAGGCCAGUUCUUCUGAAUAAAAUCGAGGGCCACGGAGACGCUGUCACGUCUGCCGUUUUAAUUCCGAAGGAAGAUGGAGUGAUCACUGUCAGCGAAGACAGAACCAUCCGGGUUUGGCUGAAGCGAGACAGCGGUCAGUACUGGCCAAGCAUAUACCACACUGUCUCCUCUCCUUGCUCGUGUGUGUCAUAUCAUCAUGACAGCAGACGCAUUUUCAUUGGACAAGACAAUGGAGCAGUUGUGGAGUUUCUCAUCUCUGAAGAUUUCAACAAGAUGAACCAUGUAAAAACAUAUCCAGCUCACCAGAACCGUGUUUCAGACAUGGUGUUUACGCUGGAGAGUGAGUGGGUAGUCAGUACCGGCCAUGACAAGAGUGUUAGCUGGAUGUGCACCCAGAGUGGCAGCAUGCUGGGGAGACACUACUUCACAUCAUGGGCCUCUUGCCUACAAUAUGAUCAUGAGACUCAGCAUGCCUUUGUUGGCGAUUACUCAGGACAGAUCACACUACUGAAGCUGGAGAAGCAGACAUACUCCAUUAUUACUACGCUGAAAGGCCAUGAAGGUAGUGUAGGAGCCUUGUGGUGGGACCCUGUUCAAAGACUGCUAUUCUCAGGGGCCUCCGAUCACAGUGUCAUCAUGUGGGACAUAGGAGGACGCAAAGGACGAACUUUACUGUUGCAAGGACACCAUGAGCGUGUCCAGUCACUGCGCUACCUCCAAUUGACCAGGCAGUUGGUUUCUUGCUCAGCUGAUGGAGGAAUAGCAGUGUGGAACAUGGACACAACCAGAGAAGAGGCACCUCAGUGGUUGGAAAGUGACUCCUGCCAGAAGUGUGAACAACCUUUCUUUUGGAACGUCAAGCAGAUGUGGGACACGAAAACCCUUGGGCUCAGACAACACCACUGCAGGAAAUGCGGAAAAGCUGUUUGUGGUAGAUGUAGUUCAAAACGCUCCACAUUCCCACUCAUGGGCUUUGAGUUUCCAGUGCGGGUGUGUGAUACAUGUUUUGACUCUAUCAAGGAAGAAGAUCGAACCCCAUUGGCCACAUUCCAUGAGGGGAAACACAACAUUGCUCACAUGGACAUGGACCCAUCCAGAGGCCUGAUGAUCACCUGUGGAAGUGACCGCAUUGUCAAGAUCUGGGAUAUGACGCAGGUGGUUGGUUGUAGCUUAGCAACAGGCUUUUCUCCACGCUGA